UUGCCUGAUAUUACAAAACACACAAACCGUUGCGCGAAGUGGAAAAACGUCGGAAAAUCUGUGAGAAAACGAGUGCCACGACCUCGGAAGGAAGCAGCAGGCCAUGAGGCGACUUAAGUGUUCCGUGUUAGUGUAUCUUUUCCUGAUCUUCGACGCCGGCCAUGCCUUCAGCAUCAUUGGCCUUAACAAACAGAUGCUCUACGAGUACGUGGGCAAUGUCCUAGUGGGUGCAAAGCCCCAGGACGAAGGAAAUCAGGCGCCACCUACCACCGGAUGGAUAGUGCGAGGCAAGCUCACACUUCAGCGUCAAAGUAACCUGGUCUUGGCUGCAGCGCUGGUCAUCGACGAUGUAACGUUGAACAAUUCCGGCGAGAAGUUCUUGCAAAAUAAGGAGAUGUACCCGCCCUACAAACCCUUCAAGAUCGCCCUCACCCCGGAUGGCGACAUCUCGCAUGUGGUCUUCAAGGAGGGUGAUCCGAUUUGGAGCAUGAACUUCAAGCGGGCCAUCGCUUCGGUACUGCAGUUCCAGAUGAAGUCCAACGGCGCCUUUGUCGUAGAUGAGCUGGGAAUUCACGGCACCUGUCGGACGGAGUACUUUGUGUCCAACAGGACCAACUACAUCUCCAUCCGCAAAACGCCGGAGGUGAAAACCUGCAGGCCAUACUCGGAGGCGGUGCACACCACCAGGAGCAAUGUGCCGCCGAACACAUGUGAAUUUGAUCACCAGAAAAGUGUCAUAAUUGGCAACGAGGCCAUUUACGGAAUGAAACCACACAACGAGACGGGAUAUUUUUUGAGCAAGGCCCAUGCCAAGGGCACCACCCUGAUCCAUACAUUCGAGUCCACGGGAGAGGCACAGUUCAUCAACUCAGAGCUGCUGCUCAACUUUCUGAACGAGACACCAAUCGAUAAUCCCAUUGAUAUUGAAACAUCAAUGGCAGCAGAGCCCUCUAAUCUGGAACUACAGCUUCUGGAUCCAAGCGAUCCAACUGGCGGACGAAGUCCUCAGCAGCAGGAGACGCUGAUUGCCCAGGCUGGCACACUUCUGGACAGUUUGGCCGAGGGCCUCGAGACUACGGAAUUCAAAUUUUCCGAACCCUAUGACUCUACUCUUUCCGAUGUGAUAAAGCUUCUAAGCGAGUUGAACUUUGACUCAUUGGCAAAGCUCUACCGGGAAGUGGACAUCGGCACUUCGUAUCGCCAGGAGACUAUCCGCAACAUCUUUCACGAAAUCAUUCCCCGCAUCGGAACCAAAGCCUCAGUUUUCCUCACCCACCACUUGGUGCAGCAAAAGUUGACAAAGCCGCAAAUCGCUGUGCAACUGCUAAUACCCAUGCCCUUCCACAUUUUCGAGCUCUCAGCGGAAUUGUUGGACAGAUGCGAGGACUUCCUCAAUAUCGGACCGGAUCGCCCGGAUGUCAGGCAGGCCGCUAUCCUUAGCUUUGCCACACUCGUCCAUAACGUCUAUGUGGCCAAAGGCAUCGACAAAGAGAGAUUCGAGUCGUAUGUGCAGAAGUACUUUAAUGCCUAUCUAACCGACCGCGACUUCGACCAGAAAAUGUUGCAUUUACAGGGUUUAAACAACUUGCAACUGGGAAACGUGGCUAACUAUUUAGAGCCCAUCGUUCAGGAUCCCAAUGAGCAUGAGGACCUCAAGUUCCAGGCAGCCUGGACGACUUUAGCACUGGCAGAUCGCCGCGCGGAACGCAUAUAUGAGAUCUAUUGGCCGAUCUUCGAAUCACGAAACGCCAGCCUUGAACUUCGCGUGGCCGCCGUUACGCUACUAUUGAUUUCUAAUCCCACGGCUGCCCGUUUAAUCAGUAUCCAUCGCAUCAUUCAGAGCGAGACAGAUCCUCACAUGAUCAACUACUACAGAACGACAGUGACGAGCAUCUCGGAAACGACAUAUCCCUGCUAUCAGCACCUGCGCCGACUGUUAUCCUACAUGCAUCGCCAUCUGCCUCCAAAGCCCGAGUCACGCUACUGGGUCACCGGCAACUACAUCUUCGACUACCGCGACUCCAAGUUCGGAAUCGGAGCAAUGCUUCAGGUGUUCCUUGUAGGCGAUCCCAAGUCAGACAUGCCCGUAGUGGCCUUCUUUAAAUUCGACACCGAGGCUUUAGGCAAGUUCACAGGACAGCUGGCGCUUUAUGUAAAAGUACGUGGGUUGCCCGAUACCAUCCUAAACAAGAUGACGUCGCGCAAUGGCACCGAACCGUUCACUUUUAAGAGCAUCAAAACGCUUCUCGCCAUGCUGCAGGCUCCAAUCGUCAACACAAAGGAUUUGCACCUAGAAUUCAUUCUCCAAAUGGAGGGUAAGACAGUGCUAUCCUACUACCUCAAUCAGCGGAUGUUCCAGCAACUGACAUAUGACAACAUUCUGGAGCGAAUGCAGCAGAUCAUCCGGACAGACAGCCACAUCAACUUUCAGACAGUUCGUUGGCCGUUCAUGAAUCGCUACACGGUGCCCACCGUGCUGGGUACCUCUUCCGAUGUCCUGCUGCAGACCACCGUUCUCACAUCGCUUCGUGGUAAUAUCACAGAGCAGCGGAAUCAGCCCAUAACCAAGCACACCCUGGAGAUCGAUGCACGCUAUUCAUCGUACGCCUCGGUGCGCAGCCGCAGCUAUAAUCCUUUCCUGAACUUGGACCACGAAAUCAACCGAGAGCAAGGCUUCCUGAUCUACAUCCCCUUCAGUAGCGAGCUGCAGCUCAACGAGAGUGACAGCAAGUGCAAGCGCUAUUCCUUUUCGCGGCCCCAGAACCUGACCAGCGGACUGUCCUUCAAGUCGCGUGCGGUGACUAAGACUAGGGGUUUGAUUACCAAGUCAGCAACGGCACCUUUUGAAGAGAUCAUGGUGCCGGAAAGUCGAAAAGAUGUGUUUCAGCUCUUGAAUUAUCCAAUACCUGAUUUGGGAGUGCAUCUCACCAUGAGCACGAAUCUUAACGAGCUUAUCAAGUACCGGGGGAUGCUGUUGAAGUCCGAGUUUACAGAGAAUGGAUUCUCCGGCAAUAUGGUGGUAACAGCAUUAAUGUAUAUAUUUGGCUUCACCCAGCUGAGCUCCAUUCAUCUGGGCCACGAUCGCAACUUUACGAUGCUGAUGUACAACGAAAAGACCACCAGAAUUGAGGGGAACUUCUGUACUGAAGAUGUGCUACAAACAUCGGACCUUAAGGGCAAGCAGAUUGGUCUAACGCUGGAGCACACAGACCAAGUGGACGAAUCGCAUGCUACGAAUGGAUCACAGGUUGAUGCUCUCCACAGGUGGAACAUAACCCUGGAUGUACAGGCUUCAACUAAAUCCAACUGGUUUAAGUUGACUGGCCAGAUUCAGCGAAAUUCAAAGGAUGACGAGGACGACUGGAAGGCCUGCACUAAGUUGACCUAUGAACCACUGGUGUUCACCAAACGACCUCACACCCUGAAUGGCAAUGUGUUGUUCGGACUGGCUUCGGAGGAGAGUGAGUGCCCGGAGAAGGGUUCCACGGUGCAGUUUGCAGCUAGAGCUGGUCCAUCGGAGCACGCUCGUGCCUUCCUGCGUUCCGACAGGAUCUCACUGACGGACACUGACUUCUGCCCCAAGGAAGUACUCAAGUUCUCACCUAUCCCCACGUCCAAGUAUUGCAAGCGCAGCAACUUUGAGAACUUCACCUCGAUCACGCAAUAUGACAUGGACCUGAAAUUUAAUAAUAUGCCCGCCUGGUUUGAGCUAUGGUCAAAUCGUCUUGACCACCUGGUCUCCGCAUUAUCCGCAGAUAAAGUUGAUAGUCUGCAUAUGAGUCAGGAGAUCAAUAUAUCCAUGCAUACGCCGCAAGACCAAUUCAGGUUGGCAGUGGAAGUUAAUGGGGUUAAGUGGCGUUUCCACCAGAUCCCGUUUUUGUACAAGCUGGACUCCAAGUUCGAUGCCUCCCACGAACUCACCUACGAUUCAGGACUUAAACGUUCCUGCUCGGUAAUUAAUGGCAUAGUGAAUACCUUCGAUGAUUAUCUAAUCAAACUCAGAGAGAUUGCGGUGCGUGCUGAUUGCCUUACCCUGCUGGUGGCAGACUGUUCGCCGUUGCCUAAGAUGGCCAUCUUUGUUACGCCAUCCCCAGCCCAGCAACCGAACAGCAACUACGGACUACGCGUCCACAUCGGUCCGAGCUACUUUAAUUUUAAUGCCCGCACGGACAAUAGCAGUCAUCCUUCGGAUGAGCCUGUGAUUAUUUAUCUCAACCAGGACCAAACGCCGCAUGAUGUGCGUCAAAAACCUUACCAGUGGCCUCCCGAGACUAGUGACUACGACUUUCGCGUGGAGCUGAACGAGCAAAACAUUUUGAUCGUGGAAUGCAAACAGUUGGCUUCGACCAUCCAGUUUGAUCUGUAUAACAUUAUGAACUUUGAGAUAUACGGCGUUUAUAAGCACCAGAUGUGUGGGCUGUGCAGCAAGCCCCUCAAUACCAUGCAGAACUAUACGAUAUGCGAGCUGGAGUCGAGCAAUCCGACCACACCUGUUCCACUGCAGAAAUCCUCCGAUAUAGUAGUUGCUUAAAUUUAAUAUGUGAGUUUAUUCUAAAAUAAAAAAAGAGCCCAGCAAUGAGAGAACAUGCAAAUCCCAGGGCUUGGGUUUUUACCUAUUUAA